CUUCACUUUCACAGCAUCCACCCCCCUCGGGCCCUGCCGCAGAGAGGAGGAAGCUCCUGCCGGUUGAGCGGGCCCUGGAGGAAGUGAGCAGCGGGGCUACUGCCUCCCGGCCUGGUCCCCGAAGCCCCCAGAAGCCCCCAGAAGAACCCGGAACUUGCUUCCAUUCGGAACCCAGGGACCACCCUUUGCACCCAGUAGGACUUUGUUUUCCUGCGUGGAAAGCGGUUGGGCUUGGGAGGCGAUGGAGCCAGAGUUCUUGUACGACCUGCUGCAGCUCCCCAAGGGGGUGGAGCCCCCAGCGGAGGAGGAGCUCUCACAAGGAGGAAAGAAAAAAUACCUGCCACCCACUUCCCGGAAGGACCCCAAAUUUGAAGAACUGCAGAAGGUGCUGAUGGAGUGGAUCAACGCCACUCUUCUCCCUGAGCACAUUGUGGUCCGCAGCCUGGAGGAGGACAUGUUCGACGGGCUCAUCCUACACCACCUAUUCCAGAGGCUGGCGGCGCUCAAGCUGGAAGCAGAGGACAUUGCCCUGACCGCCACAAGCCAGAAGCACAAGCUCACAGUGGUGCUGGAGGCCGUGAACCGGAGUCUGCAGCUGGAGGAGCGGCAGGCCAAGUGGAGCGUGGAGACCAUCUUCAAUAAGGACCUGCUGUCCACCCUGCACCUCCUUGUGGCCCUGGCCGAGCGAUUCCAGCCCGACCUGUCCCUCCCAACCAACGUCCAGGUGGAGGUCAUCACCAUCGAGAGCACCAAGAGUGGUCUGAAGUCAGAAAAGUUGGUGGAACAGCUCACUGAAUACAGCACAGACAAGGGCCAGCCUCCGAAGGACGUCUUUGAUGAAUUAUUUAAGCUGGCUCCGGAGAAAGUGAACGCAGUGAAAGAGGCCAUCGUGAACUUUGUCAACCAGAAGCUGGACCGCCUGGGCCUGUCUGUGCAGAAUCUGGACACCCAGUUUGCAGACGGGGUCAUCUUACUCUUGCUGAUUGGACAACUUGAAGGCUUCUUCCUGCACUUAAAGGAAUUCUACCUCACUCCCAACUCUCCUGCAGAAAUGCUGCACAACGUCACCCUGGCACUGGAGCUGCUGAAGGACGAGGGCCUGCUCAGCUGCCCUGUCAGCCCUGAAGACAUCGUGAACAAGGAUGCCAAGAGCACACUGCGGGUGCUCUAUGGCCUGUUCUGCAAGCACACGCAGAAGGCACACAGGGACAGGACGCCCCGUGGAGCCCCAAAUUGACCCUCACUGCCCCCAAAACCCAGAGCCUGCCUGUCAGCCCAGCUGGAGGGCCCGAGGCCGCAGGGGGUCCUCCCACAGUCCCGCUGUUUCCUGUGCAUUCGUGACCCGCUUCCCUCCCACCCUGUCUCCGGUCUCCAUCAUCCGAUUAUCUUUGAACCCCCUUGUGAGGAUCAUUUUGAGCCGCCUGGCCUUGCUCAGUUUAUUUUAAUAAAGGUAUUUCUGGGAGGGA